UGCUCCGCCCACCUCUGCUGGAGCUCCUUGGGCUCUUCUGUGUUCUCAAGCAGGCACAGCAGUCUCUUUGCCAUCUGGAGAAGAGCUUUCUUGGAAAGGAUUUGGGCACCACUCAGUUAGUUACUACAAAAGAAGAGCUUCCAUCUGAUGGCUUCCAACAGCGAUGUGACAGGUGUAAAGAUAAGCACCGUCAUUCUGAUGAGAAAAGUGAUCACUAUCUAUCCCAAAAAGGCAGUGGAAAGGCCCGCAUGCUGUAUUUGAAGGCUUUCGGCUGGCACUGGCUGUCAGUUUCCUCGCUUGUCUACCUGUCUGUGUGUGCUGUUAGUUUAGCACAAGAUGGCAUCCUGAGUGUGUGGACGGGUGAAGCCAAAGAAGUUCAAGGCCUGGAAGGGUGGAGAGAGCUCCGAAACUCACGACUGUCUGCGUACGCACUGCUCGGACUCCUGCAAGCCUUCCUCGUGUGCUGUGCCGCCUACAGUCUGACCUGCGCCUCUCUCAGGGCUUCUCAUACACUGCACUCAAAGCUUCUGUCAGAUGUUCUUCACAUGCCUAUGCAUUCUCAGAAGACUGACAUGAGAUGGCUACUGCAAGUAUUCACUCAGGUGAGUGUUGUCCUCCAGGAGGCGGUGUGGAGCAUAGUUCAAAACAAGUGAACUGAAAAAAGGCAUGUUUGAUUCCAGCAUGUAGCAGGUCAUCACUGUUGCGCCCUCGAGG